AAGCCUUUCUCCCUCUCAGACACACAGCUCCUAGUUGGUGGCCAGAAGACUCUGCUUGUAGGUAUGUCCAGGUUGAUAGAUCCUCUAGUUGUUGGGAGGGUGAUUGGGGAAGUCCUGGACUCCUUCAACCCCAGCGUGAAGAUGUUGGUCACAUACAACUCCAACAAGCUGGUCUUCAAUGGCCAUGAACUCUACCCCUCUGCAGUCGCGUCAAAGCCUAGAGUCGAGGUCCAGGGUGGCGACAUGAGGUCCUUCUUCACACUGGUCAUGACAGAUCCAGAUGCACCAGGGCCAAGCGAUCCAUAUCUCAGGGAGCACCUGCAUUGGAUCGUGACUGACAUCCCAGGCACCACGGAUGCUUCUUUCGGAAGGGAGAUGGUGAGCUACGAAAGCCCACGUCCAAACAUCGGCAUCCACAGGUUCGUCUUUGUUCUCUUCAAGCAACAGCGACGGCAGGCCGUGUCGCCGCCGUCCUCCAGGGAUUACUUCAGCACGCGCCGGUUCGCGGAGGAGAACGACCUCGGCCUCCCGGUCGCCGCCGUCUUCUUCAACUCUCAGAGGGAGACAGCUGCCCGGAGGCGUUGAACGAUACAUGCACAUGUACACGUCUACGUUAUCCAACGAAGGCCUUGUGCUGUGGCGCCAAGUAUGGAUAUAUCCAUGUGUACCCUCUUCCCCAUCCCAUCAUUCUCUCUCUGUUGUCAGGUGUAAUGUUCUUGUCCAUCUUCAGUUCAAUCCACACCUCUGUUCUUACUGCAAGCUUCGCUGUGUGGGUGAUGUGUGAUUCAGAACGAGGCUGACCGAGAGCAGUUCGCGAGUUGAAUCUGCCAUCUGGUACCGGAGAAAAGAAGAGAUAUGGUUCGAUACGUGUCUGCUCCAAGGGGGAGAAAUGGUACGAGCGCAGUGGCCAUGGCUUCUGUGCCCCGGUGGAUGCACUCGGCCAUGGCGCUUUGCGGAUCAAUUUGGGAGGUGCUCUUUUCAGCACUUCUGCGACCUCCGUACUGCUUUUCACUUUUCUCUGUCAUGGAGCUAUCCGGCGGAUGCGUUAAAUCCGACGGUAGCGAGGGUGAUCCGAGUAGAGACGAAGGGACUUCCUUCUCCCUGUUAUCAUUAAUAUAUUGUACGUGUUUCCG